AUGAAUUACCAUGAUGAUGUUAUUGGUGUAAAUAGGAACAUUCAAGAUCCACUGUUUCAGUCUGUCUACAACGUACCUCCCAUAAAAUGCCUACCAGAGGGACAGUGCCAGCCUACCCGACAUAUUAUGUUUCUAAAAGUGCACAAAUGCGGCUCAACUACAAUGGCAAAAAUUUUAAAACUGGCUACUCUUAAAUAUAAGUUAAAACCUCUUUCUCCGAAGAAGAAAGUAUUCUUUUACCCAUGGAAAUCUAAGUUCGAUAUCAACCGAAGGAAAAUAACCAUAAACGACGCCAACUAUAACCCGAAUGUAACCUAUGAUAUAAUUUUCAAUCACAUGAUUUUUGACUCAAGAGUAAUAGAAACCAUGAUGCCGAAUGAUACGUUUUAUAUUGGUAUAGUUCGCGAACCAUUUUCCCAGUUUCAAAGCGCGUUCAAUUUUUAUCGUAUUUCAAGUAAAUUCAAUUUAAAAAACUCAACGAACCCUGUCGUGGAAUUUAUGAAAAAUCCGUACAGGUAUUGGACCGACGACUAUGUCACAACCCAUGUAGGCUUCUUGAGAAACGCCAUGAUGUAUGCGUUUGGGUUCCCAGACGAUAGAAAUGAUCUUAGGAACAACGACAGAUUCAUUGCCGAGUACAUUGAUUUCUUGGACAAGAAGUUCGAUUUUGUAAUUGUCUUGGAAAUGUUGGAUGAAAGCUUGGUCCUACUACGCCGCUUGCUGUGUUGGGGCAUGGACGACGUCUUAUAUGUGGUUACUAACAAACGGGAAUAUGAAUACAAAAAUGUGAAAGACGAAAUUGCUGUGAAGAAACAUAGGCUAUGGAGCAAAGCUGACUAUCAGUUAUAUAGCCACUUUUUGACAAAGUUACGAAACACUGUUAUGUUGCAAGGGUCGGACUUCAAUCGGGAGGUAUCGCUUUACCGUCAAGCAAUCUCGGCACUCGGCAAAUUGCUGUCGGUAGUUUCUCUUUGGAAUGAAGCCUUGAAUUGGGCAGUGGACAAUUUAGCAAAUUACGAAAUUAUGGUAUUAGCCGGAAAUGCAAACGAGCCAAGGCGCUAUGUUUCUCCCGCCAGUGCGGCACAGGCCGGUUCUGUUGCUGCUUCGCAAAUAGGAGACCUUCUCAAAUUACGGAGAGGAAAUAUUUCUAUGGGCACCGGGUGA